AGUAGUUUGUUUUGGGACGGGAAGAUUGCUUUACUAGUAGUCAAAAUUUGCCCUUUUCUCUUUAUGAAAAUAUUAAGUUUACCAUAGAAACGUUUACUUGUUAAGCUAAGUCAUUGUUUUUUAGCUGUUUAUGAAAGGAUACUCUUGUAAUCAUGCCAAUUGAAAAAGUCAAAGUUGAACACAAGUUUGGGAUUAUUUCCCAAAGUCAGCGCAUACAACUUGAGGACAGGCUAGAACGAAAAGCGAAAACUCCUGGAGUAGCAUCUACUUAUUCAAGAAAAAGGAAUCUUUAUGAAGUGAGUGAAGACUUUGUAUCAAAGUUUAAUGACAGCAAUGUAGAAGACCAAGAUAUGCUUAUUACUGUUGCUAGUAAAAUGCUGACUAGAGCAAAGAGACGGGCUGGAAUUAAAGAUGGUGGUGUUGGGACUCAUGUAGAUCUCCCAAAGGCAUGGGCUGAGCUUACUUUGCUAGCACAACUCAACAACAAGGAACUACAGGAAGAAUGCUUGGAAGUUCUUAUUACUUCGCUGAGUCAAGCGCCAAUUUUACAAUCACACAUUCCCAGCCUAUUUUUCCUGGCAAAAACUAUCUUACACUGGCUUAAACGGUCUGGUUUAAACCAACCUUUUCUGAGGACUGGUGAAAUCAAGUUGACAAAGAUAGGACAUCUUGUGUUUUUGAGACUUUACCAUUUUUAUCUCCUAAGUCAGUUGCAACAGGAUUAUACAAAAGAUAAGCAGGCUUUAUUGAGCUACUUGUCAGGAAUUUCAGAGCAACAGUAUGUCUAUAGAUACUUUCCUGGUGCAUUGGUUUCUUUGAGAUUUAUUACUGAAGUGGGUUAUAUGAUAUGCAAGGGUGUUCAGGCCUCCCCCAUCAAAUCUCAAAAAGACCAAGCCAAUGAACAGCUUGAGCUGUCAAUCCAGGAGGGGGAUGAUUCACAUGAACAAGCAGAUGACACAGCAGAGGGUGGCAAAGCCAAAUCUCAAAAGUAUUUUGGAAUGGAAAAAAUUACUGAAGAGGAAGUUAUAGAACCCAGUUAUUCCCCAACUCCAAUACACAGUCUCACAACAGCUGAGAGCAUCCACGAGACAACAGCAACCCUUUGGCAUGCCCUGGAUGUAUGGCGCUCAACUAACCAUAAAGGAAUAGGGUUCCAGCAAGCUCUUCAUGGGCUGUCAGUAUGUGCAACAGGCUUGCCAAGUGAGUCAUGGUUGGACGUUUCAUGUGCAUUUCUAGCACUUGCUGAUGCUGCUACGAGUAGUCUUGGUGUACUUCAGACAUUCCAGGCAUUAGCAGCAGGAAUCUUCCCCAAACCAAUCUCCAUUGCAGAAGCACAUGCUCAGCAUCUUCAUCUCUGCAAUGAAUGCCACUCGACCUAUGUUGGUGAGACCACACAUGUGACAGCUAGCCAAGAGGAUGAUGGGAUACCAUCUGGAUCUGAUUUCUUGUCAGUUGGACCGACACCCAGUUUUGUGAAAGGAUUGCGGGAGUUUGCAAGACUUGGAUUCAAAGAUGAGAACUGUGACUUGUCUGAUACAAAUGACACAGAAAGUUUAAGAUCACGUGAUGACAAACAAGAGACUUCUUCUGAAGCCAGUUUUGCGGACGUCAGUAGCGUUGAAAGUGAUUACAUCACACGCAGGAAAAGCAGUAAAUUGCGCGUAUCCAGUAAACAUAGAAUGGCUCACAAAGGACAUGACAUUGGUGACCAAAGUUCUUCCGACGAAGAUGAGCUUUUUACUUCAAAACCAAAGAUUGAUAGUGUCAAUCAAAAUGAUUCCAGGAAAAAGAGACUGGGCACUGGAGUGCGUUUUCAAACUGACGAAUCAACAGCUGACGAUGGGGGAGUGGGUGAGCAGUCGUGGUCUCAUAUACAACGAGAGAAUCUAGAGCGAGAGCACACUAGGGGAAGUCUUCUUAGUGGACAGACUCGUGGUAGUACAGUCACAAUCCCUUUACCAGAUGAAGAACGAACAACUACAACGAAAACUCCAACUUCUGUACUAAGCGACUUACCAGGAAUGCACGGAUGGCCCUGGGAACUAGCUUACCUUUAUGCAGAAGCUAUGACGUCAAUAUGUCUCCAUGGUAACUCUGCAGUAAUUCAAAAAGUGGCGUUGCUUGGUAACGAGGCUUACAAGAAAGCGCGCAUUUUUUCUAAGAAAACUGAGGUCUUGGCUAACGGGAUAGGACUUGCUGAUUUACUGAAGUUUGAGCUGCCUACCAGUAAAGAAAACACUGCUAGAGAUUGGAGUUGGAGGGUACGAUUUUCAGCCAUGCAGGGUCUAAUGCGUGUCAGUCGAUUGGGCAGCGGUGAUUCGACUAAAGAUGGUAUGCGUGGGGUGGCCUGGAAUCUACUAAUGCGUCAUCAUUCCAUAGAAAGAGAUACAAGGGUAUUGGAAGCCUUAAAAUUAGCAAAGAUCGAAGCUACCUUAGAUAACAUAACCAGUCCACAAAGUCCUCUCAUUGUUACAUUACAGACGCACAUAGCGAAGUCUCUAUCGGCCGAGCUACUCCCCAGGUUACCGCCCAUUGUAACGGUACAGGAUGUGACGUCAAAACCACGCGUCAGUAAGUUGACACGACAUUCUACGAAACGUGUUCAAAUUGAGCAGACGCGACCUUCAUUGAGACAAGAGAUUCUACUUGCAACAGCUGCGUAUGAACCCCCGCCGGGCUACAGCCAUCGCAUGAACUCACAGUUGAUGGCUGUUAUCGAGGACCAGUGGAGAAAACAGCUUCAUCUUGAACAAGAGAUGGAAGACAACGAAAGAAGGAAACGAGAAGAAGAAAAAAUAAUGAGAAAUACAGAAAUGAAAGAAAAUAAUGAAGUAGGAACACAGUAAUAUUGACGGUGUUCUGUCAUUUUAGAAUAUGAUAAUAUAAAAUAAGGAUUAAAAUAGUAAUAACUAACACGCUUUUGAUAAUGAGGGCGCGUGGGUGAAAACGCCGAUUGCUUAUGGUCUUGGGAAACGGAUUAUUUGGCACCAUAGCUUAAUGCAUACUUUGCGUUCAGCGAAUGUUGUGAGCGCAUAGACCCAUUCUGUGCGGCGUAGAACCGCGAAGAUCUAGUGCCAGAAUGUUGCAAAUGUACAAGUUCAGAAAUAAUAAUUCACAAGUUACCAUCCAUAACCUUCCAAUUUAUUAAAAUCUACCGAUCCUAACAAACCUACAACAUUAUAAAUAUAUCAAUUAAUUACGUGGCGUCCCUAAUAAAUAACUUUUUUAAAAGUCACGUGCGUAUGGUCACAUGACUUAAAACGCCACGGCCAACAGGCAUCCCUUACGAUCUUUUGUUUAUGUUUAUAUAUCGGAACAUAAGCAAAAAGAUACUAUACUGUUUAUGCUCCAUGGACGGAGAUCUUGUAAGAUUCGAUUAUAAAACCGACGGAUGGAAACGGAGUGUGAAUAGAUCACCAUUUUUUCCAUGUAUGAAAAAUCUAAAACAAGACCGCAUUGAAUGCCGGUUGAAAAUGGUCCGUUAUACAGGCGUAGCAUUUACGAAGGUAAUCAACAUUGCGAAACCAGUAAACAAAAACAAAAUAUUAACUUAAGUUACAAUUGAAAAUAAAUAUGUUAUUUUAGAGCGCUUUUAAACAUUUGUAGACUAGCGCAUUUUAAAUAGAUUUUGUACUCGCUGUAGUUAAUUGAUAAACUUCGAAAAUUAACAUUUUAUCCUUUUAAAUAUAUAUAAAUAUAUAUCUGGA